GAAAUUCUCGCAGUGGUUAGAGCCUGUAGCCUUCACUUAUAUGGAUGGCUGUGGGUUUAAGGAUUUACAUUUAGAAAAAUUUGAAGAAUAUGAAGAACUAAGGGAGUCACAAGUUGUAUAUCAGAAAGUGGAAGAAAAUGAACCAGGAGAUCUGCAUCUUGUUACUCUGAAUUUGUAUGAUUUAGCAGCAGAGACAAAGGAAUACCAGUGUUCAGAGGAGGAAAUAUGGAAUCAGCUGACAAAAGGACAUACCCAGGGGAAGUGGAAAAUCAUGGCUACUAAGGCAGUGGAUAUACCAGAAGCAGUGUUUAAAUACUGGGUUCAGAGAUAUCGUUUAUUCCUGAAAUAUGACAAGGGAAUUAAAUUAGAUACAGAAUCAUGGUUUUCUGUAACUCCAGAAACUAUUGCUAUCCACCAUGCAUACCGAUGCAGAUGUGAUGUGGUUGUAGAUGCCUUUUGUGGUGCUGGGGGAAAUGCCAUUCAUUUGGCAGAGACAUGCAAACAUGUUGUUGCAAUUGAUAUAGAUCCUGAGAAAAUUGCAAUGGCAUAUCACAAUGCAUCAGUUUAUGGUGUAGCAGACCGUAUAGAUUUCAUUGUUGGAGACUUCUUCAAACUUGCUCCAUUUUUAAAGGCUGAUGUUGUAUAUUUGAGUCCUCCUUGGGUGAUAAUUGAGCUUGCAGGAUUUGGAAACGGUGUUUUAUAUUGA